AUGGCCAAAAAUGACCAGCGAUAUUUCAAACUUUCAAUCUGUUCCCUUAUCGCCUUUGACACCCUUGGACUUCGCCAGCUUUUGAGCACUGCAACAAUGGAACACCGUAGCGUCAGCAAUCGCGAGGGGUCGGAGCAACAGGUCCCGCCUGGAAGAGCAGCACCGGACAGCACUCGACAGAUCCAGCGCCUGCAACUUAGCCAGCUCGUCAGUGAGAUGGCCAUGAGCGUGAAACUCCCCCGGAAACGCAGCGGCUUGACGCCCGUCGCACGCGACAAAUAUGGAGUGCCGAUCAUCAUAUCCAAUCGCGCUGCGAAGGUCGGGACACGCCGACGCAGAGCCCAAGGACAGACAGAGCCACCAUAUCCCCGAUCCCCUACGUCGAUUGCGCGCAGGCCUUUGCCUGUGCCUUUAUCUGUGCCUGCUCCCGCGGCCUUCUCAGCAGAUUCUCGCCAAUCCAAGGGAGACAGAAAGGACAAAAGCAGAAGCAACAGUAAUGGUAAUAGGCAAAUCAAUGAUAAUGACAACGGUAAUGACAAUUCGGCCACCGCUAGUGACAUCCAAGUUCGGGCACCGGGCAGCGGUGGAAAAAGUGGAGAGACAAACAGAGGUCAACGGGGACACGCGGGCAAACUCACGCUCAUUUCGGCCGACCAACUCGAGGAUCUCCGCGCCGACCUCAUACAGUCCGCCAGGGAAAACAGCGACCUUCGCCACGAAGUCGACAUGCUGGAGCGAAAGCUGGCCCGCGCCGAGGAUCAGAGGGAGACGUACUGGGCGUGUGGCGUGGAGUGGGCGCGUCGCGAGAAAGGACUGCAGAAUGAGCUCGAGCACUGGAGGGCGCAAGGAGAGGCGGCGACGAAGUGGGGUUCCGCCAUUGAAGGAGCCGCGACAUACGGCUUCGUCGGCGGCCGCGGGUUCGGUGGUCGUGAUGAACUCGAUGAAGAUCAAGGCCAAGGGUCAGGGCUGGGGCUUCAGUUCGAGCUCGGAUUCAAUGCUGAGGAUAGUGGGACAGCUUUCGACACUGGCUUCGACACAGACUUUGGCACUAACUUCGGCGCUCAUCCGGGUCUAUUCACCGCAGCGGGGGGAGGAGAGGAGUUGGACGAGGAGCGAGACGCCAUGAUGUAG